UGUGAUUGAAACAGGGAACACAAAAUUAUUAGUGGAAAUGGUUGCCAGUCAAGGUGUGAUAUUUUCUUACAACUGUUCGGAUUGCAACAACAUACCCAAAUGAGUACAAAUCUCAUGUUUUAUGAUGAAAGAAAGAGGCAAGGGCUUUUCUGAGGCCAAUACGGAAUAAAGAAAAGAACAAUACGAAAUGGAAAGAUUUUAUAAUCUCAAAAUCUAUUUCACUGAAGAUUUGGCAGAGUGGUUGUUCUUAUGGUUUGCAGAUGAGUGGCUAUAUUGGAGGUAGUCAGUGGCAACCUAAGGCCCUGUUUGGCGGUAUCAUUGGAGUGAAGUGCUUAAGAUGUUGGAAGGAAAAACUGUGGUGAGAGAAACAGACAUGUCAGAGAGGUUGAAGACCAAUGUCACAGAAUUAGCUCACCAAGCUCUCGAUGCACACAAAGUUUCUGACUGCUUAUAUAUAGCCCACUUUGUUUCUCAACACCAAGAGGGAGCAUACGGAAAUGCAUGGAAUUCUAUGGUUGGAAAAGACUUUAGAUCUUGCAUUACACAUUUUCAUUUAAAAAAAAAAAGAAAUGAAAUUAAGUUUACUUUGGUAACCGACUUAAUUUAUGUAAAAGUUUCAUAUCUUUUUAGUGUGGAGAUGGAAUUUCUUAUCUUCAAAGAUGGGAAAGGCUUCACAUACGGCAGGGAAGAAGCCAGUUAUUUGCUGCAAGAAAGCUAGAAAUCGUUAUUCAUAAAUUCCAAAAUAUUUCAAGUUGUUGUAUAAGAAGCUCUCGUUAUUAACAUGUGCUAAACAUGUUUAAUGUUUCUGAAAAUGUUGUAAAAGUAGCAGACAUAAACAACAAAAACAGUGCUUCUCUAUUAUUUAUGGCUAUGUAAUGUAUAAAGUAUUUGCUCACUACUUAGCUUGACAAGUGCACACUCCAGUGCAAUUUCAUUUAUGUUUUAUUCUUAUUUCUUACUCUAGUAUAAAAAUUAU